AUGGGUACAAAAGUGCGUGAUGUUGGUGCUUUUCUGAAAAAGAUACGAGCAAUCCUCUUAGGCAGAGAGCACAACUUACACGGGCGCUUCCCGCCAUACAUUUCGCCUAGAACGAUUCCGCCUCCCGAAAUUCCACGUUGUCCGGAUUACAAGUAUUCCAACCAAUAUUAUCAUGAGCGGAAUGCGUUCCAUUCCGUUCACCCUCCAGUGGUGGCACCAAUCGCCGAGGGACCACCACUUAAAAUUGGCGGUCCUGGACCCUUAAAGUCAGAUUCUAUUUGCUUCAAUAGUCCGCCUACACCCGGACCUGCUUGGUGGUGGGAUGGCCACUGCUAUUACGAAUGCGCUCCCGACCCUCCACCAUUACCUGUAAAAAAAUCUACGACUAACAUCGACCGUCAUACUCCCUGUCCCCCUCCUUCUAAGGAAUAG